GAAUGUACAUGUCCAGACUCAGAAGUUACAACAGAACCUCAGUCUCCGGACUGGCUUGAAAUGAAUGUAGUUGCAGGAUUUCGAGUAUGGCAGCUCCUCUUUCUCAGUAUAGCUGGACUGAUCGUUCUUGUUGUCUUUCUUUGCUGCUUCAUGAAAUGUCGCAUCCCACGAACGAAGCAAGAGAUCGAGGCAGAUUACCACCGUAGACAGUUAACUCGUACCUUCAGAUCUCAUCUUAACAAGAUCGGAAUGGACGAUAUUACUUUUAAAGUGGCUUUGGAAAAAGUACAAGAAAGGUAUGAAGAAGAACACAAGUCCGAAACGGAGAACAAAACACCUUAUUCCGAUAGCCCUGAGUUGUCCGAUAGGGACGAUCAAUUAAUACUACCCGACGACGACAAGGACGACCUCUCGACCGACAUUGCUGGCGUAGAAGAAAGGAAAAACAGAUGGACGAUUCUCAGGAGACUUCAGAGAGUUAUUAGUGGAAUAAAACAAAAGAAACCUGAUGUUUGAAUAGUCAUAAAUUCAAAAUGAUUAAUUUUAACUACCACGCUUAAGUUUCUAGUACGAUCCCUCAAAACAAAGUGUAAGCACAUUUAAAAAGAAAUGAUAACAAAGCUUCUGUAUAAAAGUUUCGCUGUUAAAAGAACUUUUCAAAUUAUGAACUUAAAGAGUCACAUUGUUUUGAAAGCUUAAAAGGAUUGUUAGUAACAAAAUUGUGUUCUAAUUAAGGGUCGUGAAGAGUUAGAUCAUAGGAUCGUGAUUUCUGAGAGGAUCAGGUCUUAAUAAAAUAUCCGAAAAUGUAAUGAUUACUCUGUUAGAUUAAAGGCAC